UUUCACAAAGUCUCUGACAGGCGGAGCGGCGCUCUGUUUUUACGCAUAGCCUCCAGUCCUGCGAGGCAUUGAAGACAUUGCUUAGUAGCUGUGUAGUAGACUCCUGAGAGAACACCAGAGCGUCUCACUCCCCGAUAACUGGAUACCUGUGUCCAAAGGUGUCGAGACUCUGCAAGAAGCCGUGACAGGAGACCGGCCAGAGAAAAGGGGAUUUUGGCCGCGUAAAAAACGAGGAGGAGGCGCCUCUCGCGUUGAAGCAGAGCCGCUUUAGAUGGAUACUUCAUGUUUGCUUCAGCCCCAGUGGAGACAGCCUGCUCUGAACACUUGCAAGCCGUGACAGUAAGGCGUAAAAGAUGACACACCGCAGCGUAUGGAUUGCCAAAAACAUGAACUGCAGCCAGCGUGGAAGAAGCGGCUCCUCUGUCAUCUCCGGUGCGCACUUGGAGCAGAAUGCGCACAUGGCAGCUGGUGGGACCAGAUGGAGGGUUCGGAGGAAGGAUAGACAGGAGAUUACUUAUGUAAUGUCAGCAAAGGCCAAGGUGCUGCUGUGGGUGCUCUUCUCUCUGCUGCCUCUAGUGGAAGGAGCACAUAUGAAAGCUCGUACUGCUGGUGUGGGAUCAGACUCGGGGCAUGCUGUGGGCGUGCUGGGAGGUCAAGAGGAGCGAGAGCUUCCUGUGACGCUGCCAGAGGUGGUGGAGGACGAGGAGCAGGAAGGCGACAGUGACCCUUACUCUACUUGGCAUGCUCUAUAUGACCCCUUUGUAAUAGAUGAAGUGGAUGACCAUGACAAUAGUCGCUGGGCGGGGCGCUCUCCACGGUCCUCUGACCCUUCGGAACCUCAACCCAGCGGAUCACCAAAGAAAAAGAAGAAGAGGAAGAAGAAAGAAAAGGAGGAAGCAACUGGAAAAGGAGAUAGAAAGCGUAAAGGUAGAAACAGGCAGCUGAAGCAGAGCAGCACAGACUGCCGUGUGGACAAGAGAGAGAUGAGGGUUCGUGACCUGGGCCUGGGGUUUGACUCGGAUGAGAUUGUCCUCUUCAAGUUUUGCGUGGGCUCCUGCCAGUCUUCAAGAACAAACUACGACCUGGCACUGAAGGCGCUGCUGGAGAAGGGCUCGGUGCCCCAGCGCAAUGUCAGCAGACAGCCCUGCUGCAGGCCCGACCGUUACGAGCCAGUUUCCUUCAUGGACGCCCAGACCACAUGGAGGACCAUCCAGUCGUUAUCAGCUGCCAGCUGCAUGUGUAUGGGCUGAAGAAAUGAACGAGGAAGAAGGUGACGAGGAGGGGUGUCACCCAGAGUCACAGAGAGAAGUCAAGGGGCCCAGGGUGGAUGCUGUGUGAAGAAGGCCUGGGUACAGGGAGGCGCCACAGGGGGGCGCUGUAACACACACACACACACACACACACACAUACACACAAGCUGCAUAAGAAAGGAUGGAGGCCACUUGUUGGCUUCCUGUGAUGUAUUUCCUGUUGAGGAGGAAGAGGUCUGGGCACAGCUGGAUGACGGAGGUCAAAGGUCAAAAUCAAAGACUGAGGGGGAAGUCUUCAGGGAUUCACUGUGUGGAUUUAUUGUUACAUCUUCCAAGAGUGAAUUGUUUUCACCUGAAUAACUGGUAACCGAUGCAGUUAUUACACAUAAAAGAGACUGUAUGUGGACAUGACUGUUUUAUAUGGAUGAGACCUGAAGGCUCAAGCUCAACAGAUAUAAAGAAAAGCCAUAAAUAAAGGACUUGGCACCGCGUUUAUAUUCAGAUUCAGACUGAAACAAAGACUAAUAUGAUGAUCACUACUCACAGUGAAGACGGCUCUUCCCAAAAGCAUCAUCAUUUUUUUCACAUUAAAACAACAUUUUACCACUUCUAUGUUCAGGUGAACUCAACCAAAUGGAUGCCAUGCAUCUUCAUGUAUUACUAUAUAAGAGUAAAAUAUUUAUUUCUGAUAAAUUAUUUAUUUAUUAUAGCUUGAUAUGAGAGCUGUUUUUAUUAACUCUAUAUUGUAGAUAAAUAUCUAUUUAUUGCCAAGAUCAUUUUGACAGUUACUUCUGCUCACAUACAAGUACGUGGAUUUUUUAUUUUUUAUUUUCAAGGUGCUGAUUUUCACAUUUAUGCAAGGCCUAGUAAACCUGGGCUUUGAUUCUGGGCAGAAUUUGUUUGAAUGCAAUAAACAUUUCUGAAAUUAGUGCUUUUAUAAAACAAAAACACUAACACAACAGCUCAGAUUAUGUGUUACAUUUCAUCCCAAAAAAUCCUAAUAUAGAUAUCAGAAAUGAAUUGACCUACAUUGAAAUGAUGUGGUAAACUUAAUAUAUGUUCUUUCUCAAGAGAUCCUGGCAUAAUUGAGUCUGACAGCUGAUCUCUAGUUUUGUGUUUAAUUCUGGGGAAAGUCAGUCUCAGUGUCCAGAUUGUGGGUACAGAAACAGCAAGUCAAACGUUUAUACUACAAGACCUCAACAUUUCUCAUGUGGUUGAGUAUUUCCAUUCAGUUACACACUUCCACUAUGUCACAUUAUUAAUAUUAUUAUUUUAUAAAGUUAUCUUUAUUUUUGUAUGGCAUUAUCCUCCAAGGGAAUAAAGUUUUUAAUAUACAUAA